AGCGGAGCGCGAUAACCCGAGCCACCUCCGCCAGAGGUGGUGCUUGGGGCGUUCCCGCCCUGGGCGGAGUCACCUGGCUCGGAGACACGCCCUCAAUGCGUGUUCCCUCGCCAGCAAUCUAUCGGGGCGGAAGUUGAGAAUCCCCGAGGUGGAGGCGGCGGAAGUGGCUGCCGUACUGCAAGCUGGUGCGCAUGCGCUUUCCUGCUGCUCUGCCGCCAGCGUUCAGGCGCCUUUUGCUCUAGUGUCUUCUUUUUCCACGCGAGAGUGGGCUAACUCGUAGUUGUGGUCUCGCUCCUCGCGUUUCCGCUGCUCUCGUGGCCCCCUCACGAUGGCGGGCAUCCUGUUUGAGGACAUUUUCGAUGUGAAAGACAUUGACCCGGAAGGCAAGAAGUUUGACCGAGUGUCUCGACUGCACUGUGAGAGCGAAUCUUUCAAGAUGGACCUCAUCUUAGAUGUAAACAUUCAGAUUUACCCUGUGGACCUGGGUGACAAGUUCCGGUUGGUCAUAGCUAGUACCUUGUAUGAAGACGGGACCCUGGAUGAUGGGGAAUACAACCCUACAGAUGACAGGCCUUCCCGGGCUGACCAGUUUGAGUAUGUAAUGUAUGGGAAGGUAUACAGGAUCGAGGGAGACGAAACAUCUACAGAAGCAGCAACACGUCUCUCUGCCUAUGUGUCCUAUGGGGGCCUUCUCAUGAGGCUGCAGGGGGAUGCCAACAACCUGCAUGGAUUUGAAGUGGAUUCCAGAGUGUAUCUGCUGAUGAAGAAGCUGGCCUUCUGAACCUCGCGGGAAGCCAGACUUGCUGCUCACUCCUGAGGUCGUGGACGGUGUGGACGGCGUGCAAGCCUGCGCAGCAGUGGCUGCUGUCCGCCCGUUUGGGAAGGGCUGGCUCUGUCUACUCUGGGUGCAUCUUUAGCUGGUCUGGACUCACUGAGAAACAGCCUUGCCUGUGAAGGACCCAGGGGGACAGUGUAACAUGAAUCAGAAGUUGCUUUGUGUAUAUUUUUUAAUUAAACUACUUUUUCACAAUA